CGUUUCUAUUGAUAACCCUGUGUGCUUACAUUUACGUGUGCACAUUAUUUUGACCGUGCCUGGCCUGGUUCUCCCCACUUAUUUUAACAUAUAUACUGCUAAAUUGCAAUUCCGCCCUCUACAGUCUAUUGCUGGCGUCCAUAUCCACGAACUGCGGCGACGACUGUCGAAUUUUACCCUAAAAAUUCUCAUUUCCCAGCCAUCAGACGAUGUCACCGACAGAAUUCAUCUACCUCUGCAUGUUGCUGAUAUCCCUAGGACUCGGACAUGUCGUAAAGCAUGCCAGGAAUCCUCAGGAAAAGCGAUUGAUCUGUACAUUAGUCGGUGUAUCGAUGGUGGUUGGGUUGUGUGGAUGGCAGGCCUACCAUUCCAUUUUCACCACCUUGGUUGCUGGUGUUAUUGUGGCGUUCGUUGACCCUGAGAAGUGUCACAUCUGGAAUUUUGCCUUCUGUUUUUCCUACUUGACAUUUUUCCGAGCGGGUCAUUUCUUUGGCUUGGCAGCACCCACAGCAUUUUCCAAUGUAGUGCAGCUUCUUCUAACAUUGAAGCUAGUUGGUGUUGCCUUUGAAGUACACGAUUCCCAUGAUGUAAAGACUAAACCAAAGAUAUCUCCAUCGAAUUCACAAGUUGACACUUCUACCAAAGCUAGAUACAUAGCAGAUGUUGGAGACCCAGGAAUCAUGGAUGUCUUCCAGUAUGCAUUCUGCUUUAUUGGGAUCAUCACCGGCCCCUACUACAAGUACAAGACAUACUGUGACAUGAUACAAUGCAAGAAUUCCAAGGACAUACCAAGUAUAGACCCGUUGGUACAACGCUUGAAGACACUGGUACCCAUUGGCUUGAUGUUCCUAAUCAUGUCACAUUACCUAUCCAUUGAUUACGUCAGAUCCGAUGAGUUUUACACCCAUGGCUAUUGGUAUAGGACUCUGUACAUGGUCCCAAUGUUCAUGCUUUUCCGUCUGCGUAUGUAUUCAGCCUGGAUCCUCUCUGAAUGUGUCUGUAUGUCAGCAACGUUAGGAGCAUAUCCAGUGUCUUUCAAACCAAAAGUUGGACUAGGCCCAAGUGUAGACCCUGCUGGAGUUGACAGUUCAGAUAAGCCAACCGAGUACAGCUAUGAGACAAUUCACAACAUAGACUGGUAUCAGUGUGACUUCACUACAACCUUCCGUGAUGGAAUGCGUAACUGGAAUAUGUCAGUACAGUGGUGGUUGAAGAACUAUGUUUUCUUCCGGUUUCCUGUCAAAGCUUGGAGCACUUCCAUCACCAUGCUGGUCAGUUCUUACUGGCAUGGCAUUCAUCCUGGCUACUUCCUUAGUUUCCUCACGGUACCCAUCAUCUUAAUCGCCGAGGACUCAAUGAUGCGAUCUUUCCGUACGGAAGCCAACGCUCCAUGGUAUGACAAGUUCAAUUGGUUUUUCCGCAUGCGAGCGUUUGAGUACCUUGCUAUGGGGUUCCUACUGCUAGGCUUCUGGUCAACGAUGCGCUACUGGGCCUCGACAUUCUUCAUUGUUCAUGUGGUAACGUUUCUAUUCAUUGCCAUUGGGCAUGUUUGUAGACCAAAGAAAAAUAUGGAAAGAAAAUAAUGCUUGGUUGAAAUAUAUCUUGGUUUCGAAAAUUUUGAAAGUGGUUUCAAAUUACUAAGGCCAUAAAAUGAAAUUUGUGAUCAUCUCUCUCGUGUUAAUCUUUUUAUGUAGAAAAAAGCUAUGGAUUCAUUAAAUUGCCAUUGAAGUCUAGGAUCCCUGGGCAAUAUGUGUCAGAUAUGUGUGUGUAUGAAAUAGGCCAUUCAUAGUCAAACAAAUACUGAAUACGGGUUUGGAGAGAGCACAAAAUGUCGGCUUAGCCUGGCUUUGUGAGGAAAAAAUUUGUUUAUGAGAAUACUGUGCUUAUUUCUAAUAUUGAUAAAGGAAGCCUGCAUUUAUACAUGUUCAUUGAGGAAAGUCUCUGUAAAGGAGAAUGGUUGAGUUGGAGCCAAGAGUUACAUACAACUACACCAACGAUUUCCAUAAUAUUUUAGGGACUCCAUUAGUUCGUAGCAACUCGAGUCUGCUUUGUUGGAAUGUUUAUUUUCAUUUUCUGAAGUCCUUUGCCCACUCCUUAGCCUUAGCAAUCAAGAUGUGGAUAUGCUACCAAGAAAGUCCAGCAUUAUUGCUUUACGGUCACAGUGCAGAGGAAAUGGAUGUAAACUUUUGACCCGGCAUUAUUGAAAACAUUUUUAACAAGGUCCAAUAAAGCCACCUGAUUUGGUUCUCAUGAUCAUGUGACAAAUGAGUUCUUAUUCCAUUGAAGUAAACUCAAAAAGCUUCUGGUUCUAGGAGUGAAUGGAGUCCAUUAUUGAAAAUCUUUGGUGCAGGUUUAUUUAAACAUCUUGGUUUCAGGUGUAUAUUGACAUGAUGAGCGAGUAAGGGGGAAGUUUUAAGAUUCUGUAAUAAAAUCUGUAUAUGAAGUCGUAUGUGAUGUUGCUACUGUUGGUGGCCCUCAAAAACAGGUGCUGAAAUAACUGAGUGGUUUGUGCAUGACUGGAAGAGGUGUUGUGAGAGGGGUGUAAGUGGGGUUUCACAGCACCCCUCUCCACAUUAGUGAGCUUUUAUCGGCAGAAUCAUGGUGCUGUCUGUAAAUAUUGGGAUGGAAGGGGAGGGGUCAUGUAUCAGGUCGGGGAAUAAGGUUACUAUUAUACUCAUGAAAUUUGCUGAUGGACCCCCCCACCACCAUCAUUUAUUAAAAUGGUCUGGCAACAUUCGUGUUAACUGGAGUGGUAGAUAAAUCCAAAUAGUCACUUAUCAUUCUGAAAAUGGAUACAGCUUCAGAUGUCCAAACACCACAAACUUGAAUGACUGUGAAGACAUUACCAUUCUUGAUUUGAUUUCCUUAUCUUCCUCAAUCCCUGAGUUUUCAUUUACUGAGUUAACUAAGUGAACAUGGUUGUAUGAAAAAAAAAGACUUAAUGAGCUAAAGAUGUUGGCAGUCUUACAUUUGAUGUAAACAAAAUUAAGUCUAACAUGUACAUGUAUGGGUGCAGAGUCAAGAAGGAGCCAAAGCCUAACACAAAGACAAGCAUUGACAAAGGGCUGCUUGCCUCUCAUCCUAAAGUGUGCUACUGUAUUUGAAAUGUAGGAAAGGUCCUCUCUGCCAAAGUUGAUGCAAUGAAAGGUAAUCUCUGUCGACAAAACUAAUAAAUUAUUUAACUUUAUUUCUGCUGCUGUGGUGUGCUGCCUUGUAAAGAUGAACUUUUUAACUAGAGUUACUUAUUGAUGCAUUUGAUUUUUAAAAACAUUGUCUGGUUUGUCAUUGUCAUUUGUAAGCACCUUUGCCACAUCAGUGGAAACGUGGAAUGCUCUCACCCGGGAUGAGCCAUUUCCAAGGAGCAUAGUAAAUAACAUUCUCCUGUAUUAACAGUUGGUGUUUGGAAUAAGAAUGUUGUACCAAUUGGAGCACCUUCACACAAUUUCUACCCAAAUACUAUUUGAUGUGCUAAUAUCCACCUGUCCCAUGAUGGACCACCAGAAGUGACUUUCAUAUGGUUACUUUCUGAGGAUUUGUUUUUUACUGCUUUUGAGAAACAAUUACAUGCCUGAUGUAAAACUGAUCUGUUAUGUUCAAAUUCUCUUCAUCCUUUCCAACAAAUCUACCAUUGUUGGCUCCCAGAAUGAUGCACAAAAGUAGAGGAAGUGACAGAUUACAUUGAAGACUGAACCCUGCUUUAAUAGUUUAAAUAUUCUCCUGACUGUUGAGUAAUGAAGCCAUGUGACUGACAGUAAAGUGAUGGUAAAGUUGCAAUCUUCAAGGUGUGUGUAUUUUAGCAUUAAAUGUCAAUGCUGCAAAAUGUAUACUGAGUAGAAAAGUUCACUAAUUUGUGUACAUUGCAAUUAUGUGUAGGCAUUUUUGACAGGUUUGCUUGCUUGUAUUCUUGCCUUAAUAAUGUCCUCAAUUGUACCACUCAUUCAGUAUAUUUUGAUCUGUAGUGCCAUUCUAUAGUGUACAUAUUAAAAGAGCCAAUUUUUAGCUUCUUAAAAACCUGCACAAUCAUCUUUAUUUCAAUCAAAUGUUGAAAGUAUAGGAAGGAUUCAUUUGUAUAUUUAUUCAGAUGAAUUUUGUAAUUCCAGGAAUUUUUGAGACUGUCAGGUUUUAAAGAAUGCACAAUUUGAAAUAUUCUACAAGAGUGCAAUGUGUUCUUAAUUUUAGUCCAUGAUCCCAACCAGAACAUUUUUAUGAAGUGUAGACAUUCAUUCCAGCUACGAUCAAGGAAUAAAUCAUGAUCAUGCUAGGAAAUCAA